AUGGCACAAUAAUAUCGAGCGCGCACACAAGCUUUGGCGCCCGCCAAGCACAGCUCGCCAAGCAGGUGUAGACUACUGCUGUAGUGGCAAGGAGACAGCUACCAUCAUGUACCACGAGAGGCAGCGCCUGAUGCAGUGCGCCAUGCACGCACUGAACAACCUGUUUCAAGAGCCCUGGGCCAACCGCGAGUUGAUGGAACGCCUCGCCCUUGAAUUGGGCAAUCGCGAGGCUGCUCUGCGGUCAGAAUCAGGCCUCAAGCGCCUCCUGAUCAAUCCAUACAAGUCAGUGAUACCUAUGGUUGGAGACUACGAUAUCAACGUCGUCCUAGAAGCCUUGAAGCUAAGGGGAUGCCGCGUUUCUCUCCACGUCGUCUUCAACGCAAGGGACCCCAGCGCCUUCGAGCUCGCGCUGGCGCAGGUCGACUGGGACUCGGCGUCCAUCCGGGGGGUGAUCGUCAACUUCGUCUGCCGGAGCCUCCUGUGGGGCUCUUGGGUCACCCACCACUUCUACGCGAUCGUCAAGGCGAAGGGUCCCGGCGACAGCGACGACGGACUAUCCCCCGGAUGCGGAGAGGGGGCCCCGCAAGCUGCACCGGCGGGGGAAGGGGGCGCGACGAGACAUCUCGAAUGCGGUGGUGGUGGUGGCGUUGGUACGGGUGCAAGGGCUGACGGCGAAAGGGAAGGGGACGCCGGGGAGCAGACGGGCUGCUUCCAGCAGCUCAGUCCGUCGAGACGGAGAGAGAAGGACAACCAGGCCCGAACUCGAAACCGAACCAGCAGCAACCAAGGCUCUUGUUGCGGUUCGGACGGUGGGGGGGCGGGGGGUGCGGCUUGGUACAGCCUCGAUUCCAGGAUACCGAAGCCGCUGCGGUUGGGGGGGACGCGCGGCCUAGUGGAGCACCUGGCCUGUGAAGUACGGGAACACCAUGGACACGUAUUUGUGGUUGGCGAGGGGGCAGAGGAAGUGGCAGGGGUGGGCAACGAUAAUGACGGUCACGUAGGCACAGCGGAAGCUCGCGUUUAGAUAUGCGGCUAUGCUGAGGGCGGGUGGGGUGCGGUAGGCCCCGCCUGGGUGGUUUAUACUCGUUCACAGGUCACGCAUUUUUUUGCUGAGUGGAGAUUUUGUGAGGCUUUAGAUGCCUUGAGGAUCGUAUUCAGUAUGUACGUCAGAAGAACCAAGGGGUACGGGCAUCUACACUGCUGUCGUGUGAAAACCGACAACAACGAGGGCCAAUUAGGUACAUAGCCUGACCACAACCUUGCCUAGACUUUCGUCAAACAAGUGUCUGGCCCCCUUUGCUGCGAGACGGUACAAACUGGUGGCUUUUACAAGUGCACCGACCGUCGCCGCCGCUGCCGC